GGAGGAGUGACACAGCAGACACGGUUGAGGACAUUCGGCUGUGGCUCCAAACAGGAAUGCUCUGACAGCCAGCGAGCAGGGCAGCUGCGGUGACCCGAGAUGAGAUGUUGUCCACCGGGGAGUGACGUGUGAGCCAUGAAUGCAGUGACAUGCUCUGAGAUCCACAACAGCAGCUCAGAGGACAGGCAGUGUCCCGGACACCUGCAGAGUUCUGCACAGGGUCAUGGAGACACUGGACAGCUGACGGAGAUGAAAAACCACAUAUUAAAGAAACAGCCUCCAUCGGCACAAGGCAAGAAUGUGAACCAUGGCAAGUUCCCGAAGCAGGAAGACUCUUACGCGUUCGAAGAGGACAGCAGCAGCGAGAGUCUGUCUCCAGAGCAGCACCACAGUGACGAGUCCCAGGGCUCAGCCUGUCCUUCAUCGGAGGCCGUGGGCAGCACGCCCUCCUCCUCGUCCUCACCUGCCCUCACCAGCCCACGACAGGUGGGAGCAACCAGAGACCCACCUGAUCAGAGCCAGGAUGAAGGACUGUCCGGUGCCAACAACAGCGUGGCUACUCCCCCUAUCCCUGUUCCUGCUAUUGUCAAGUCCAAGACGUCAGACAAGAACCGACACAAGAAACCCAAAGAUGUGAAGCCCAAAGUGAAGAAGCUCAAGUACCACCAGUACAUUCCUCCGGACCAGAAGGCAGAGAAGUCACCUCCUCCCAUGGACUCGGCGUACGCCCGCCUCCUGCAGCAGCAGCAGCUCUUCCUGCAGCUGCAGAUCCUCAGCCAGCAGAAACACUCUCACACACAUCCUCAGACGCAGCAGCAGCACGCACACACUCCGCAGGCCCAGGCUCAGCAGAGGCAGCCGACUUUCAGCUACCAGCCUCACAUGCCGACCCAGACCCACAAAGGAUCCAGUGAGCAGAUAUCAGCUUGUAGCUCCAGUGGCCCGUCCAGCACAGCCAACAGUAACUCCUCCUCCCCAGUGAAGAGCACAUAUCCCAACCAGAGUAACAUCUCACCAGUCAAACCUGGGCCCCUGCCAGCCAAUCUAGAUGACCUAAAAGUCUCAGAGCUCAGGCAGCACCUGCGUAUCCGAGGCAUGCCUGUCUCAGGUACCAAGACCGCCCUCAUAGAGCGACUCCGGCCCUUCAAAGACUGCAACGCCGGCUCCUCGCCCUCAGGCUCCUCCGACAUCACCACGGUGACCUUCCCCGUCACACCCACCGGGUCCUUGUCCUCCUACCAGUCCCCGUCCUCCUCCAGCGCCCUGUCUCAGGGAGGCUACUACCCGUACCCCAGCACCUCCUCCACCCCGCCCAUCUCUCCGGCCUCCUCUGAGCUGUCCCUCAGCGGCUCGCUCCCUGACAGCUUCAGCGACGUGCCCAUGUCCUCGCCAACGCACUUCGCUCUGCAGCCAUCCCCGGCCCAGCUCAGCAUGGAGGACGGCCUGGCAGGGGGCAGCCAGGGCAGCGGGGGACAGAGGGCGGGGGAAGGCGGAGCCAUGGACGGCCUGGAAGCUGAAAAGGAUAAGAUGCUGGUGGAAAAGCAGAAGGUGAUUGAGGAGCUGACGUGGAAGCUGCACCAGGAGCAGAGACAGGUUGAAGAGCUGAAAAUGCAGCUCCACAAGCGGAAACGCUGCUACGGAGCAACGCAGGACAGUGUCCCUCCUCCACCUCACCCCGCCGUGCACCACCAGCAGACUCCUGCCAUGAUGGGACAGCACUUCUUUGGGGUUACUGUAAAGCAGGAGCCGCUAUCCCUGUCCUCCAGCUGCCCUCUGUCCUCUCCCAAACAGCUCAAGAGCCCUCCUGGCAACUGCAUGGAGGAGAUGGGGCACUGUAACACCUCCGUCACAAACCUGGGGGCCCCCGGGGGGCCACAGUGUAUGGACACGGCCCCUGCCUCGGGCAGCCCCUCCACCAUGUCCGCUUUCCUCAGUCCACAAUGCUCACCGCAAGAUUGUCCCAAUGUAAAGUCUUCCAGUAGUCCGCAACCCUCGUCUCCUAAUAACCCGUACCUGCUCUCACCUCCGCUGGGAAGGGACAGCUGUGGUCACCACCAUCCCCCAGGCAACAACAGAGCACGCAACAUGCAGAUCCACCAGAAGAGUGGUGGCCAGGCGGUGAACUGCUCCUAUACUUCUGACCAAAGAGGUCUUCAGGGAGACUUUCCCCCCUCAACCGACUGUGGCCUUAACCACAGCAGCUCAGCCAAAGCUGACAACCAGAACAUGCAACCAAAGCAACUGACCAGAAGUCAACAGAUGGACGAACUUUUGGAUGUACUCAUAGAGAGUGGAGAGAUGCCAGCUAACGCCAGAGAAGAGAGGGAGAGGUCCUCUGUAACCAAAGUUGUGCCUCACAUUACUGUGUCCCCAGGGUAUCCCGGUCUCCUCAUCCCAAGGUUCCACCGUCACUAUGAGCACCUGUACCCCGCACAGCCCCCCUACGACCACUCGGGCAAUCACAUCACAGAGAGCCACUUGGAGUCUCUGCUUGGGAGUCCAAUCGGCCGGGGAGGGGAAGUGGCCCUUCUUAAAAUGGCUACCGAGGACGGGGUUGAUGAUGAAGGGAACAGAGAGGGCGAUGGGUACGGCAGCCCCCACAACCACCACCGCCACCCUCACCAUCCCCCACAGGACAAACUCGUGGCCAGCAGAGAUCAGAUGGACACCCCUCUGUCACCCAUCAGCAGCAAGGCGUCCACCUUCCCUGAGGUACAGGGGAUGGUCAGCAUGACGUUCAGCGAGACGCCGUGGGAAACGAUGGAGUGGCUGGACCUGAUGCCACCCAGCUCAGCCACGGCCUUCAGCGUUCCCCCACCCAGUGGCCCCAGCAUCUUUAACACAGAGUUCCUGGAUGUCACAGACAUGAACUUGAACUCUGCCAUGGACCUUCACCUGGAGCACUGGUGAAACAUCACAACAUCACAAGUGCUGACUAACCACAAACUAGCUUUCAGUCAUCACACACAAAACACCAGCUUAAGGGUAUCUGUAUGGAUCAGCUCUGACCAUACCAAAGAACAACUGAAUUCAGCAAGUGCCUGAAUGUGUUUCUUGUUAUACCACAGUACGAUGUCACAUUAUUAAACGUUGACCGUUAGCCUUCAUUCAAACAUUGUUGGCUGAGUCAGAUUGAACAGAUUACAUUUUGGCUUAUUUCCUCCACUUCAUUGAAAUGAGGUUCUUCUGUAGUCAUCAGACCCAGAAUCCAAAGACAAGAUGCUUUUUGACACAAUCGAUGUCUUUUUGGACGGCGAUGUGCACAACUGCCAAAUAAGUAUCUCAGUGGACACAUGAAGGAUUUUUCUAGAUAAUGGAAGGACGUGAUUACAGUGCUUUAAACCAAAACUUUAUGCAAUAUCAGUGUUAACGCCACCUAGACUUGAAGACAAUCAUUGUAUACUUUCUGAGUCUAUGUUUGUAUUACUGGAAAAAUGAAAGGAAUUACAAGGUGAAUUGGGUUGCUUCGUACGGCCAUUUUGUAAAUAUCAUAACUAUCUGUAGUGACAGAGACAAGUUGACAUCUGCAUAUUUUGUCAGUGGUGUGGAAAAAAGUCACAAGCCACAAAUCAAGUGUAUUAUGUAAUCAAUUCCUUAUAUGAUGUAAAUAUGACAAAAAAAAUCUCACUGUGCACCUCUAGCUUAAUACACAUUUGUCACAAUUUGCUUGAACAUAGAAUGUGUGUAGAAGUGUUUGUGAUUCCUUUGAAGGUCCUAUUUUUAUACGUUUCUUUUCACUAUUUGGCCUAUUUAUCCACAGGGACAACAUUAUGAAGAGAAAUUCAUGUCUUUGAAAAACUUUGGUCUUAUCGCUAGAAUCGGCAGACAAACUGUGCCUUAUUUCCAACAGCUUUUUAUUACUACCACUUUUAUACCAAUUUCCCCCUUUACAAUUUUUUAAUGCCAUGACAGCUAUUGACUGAUAUUGUUAAAGAAAGCUCCAACAAAAAAGUCAGUUUUAUUUUAGCUGCAAAAUCUGACGAAUGUUAACGAAAAUACAACUUCAUCUCUAUUUUAAAGUACUUUUAUUUUUGUCCUUAAACAAAUUCACCCUUUCCAUCCCCAGACCAAUCACAUUUAUUUAUUUUGUGUUUUUAUAUUUAUACUUUAACCUGUAUUUAUACUGUCAUUCCUUUCUAAUAGAUUGGGGCUCUUUAGUAUUUACCGGAAAACUCCAGUGCUACCACUCCGACUGCGGACAUUUCUUCGUAAAUCUCUUAAAAAUGUGAUGCAAAGUGAAGGAACCACUUUGAAAAGCCAUGCUUUCUUAAAAACACUUUUCCUUAAAGAAUCAUGUAAAGUGGAAAUGCCCAUUAUUAGCACUUGUGAAUAGGAAAAUGUAAUAUAUUCAGACCUUGACUGUGAAUACUGCAUAUAAACACAGCACGAACAUGUACCAGGGGCCAGCCUAGACACACAUUAGUCAGUCAAACCACCCUUUAAAGUUAUGUUUCGGUCAGUAAGUGUUCAGUCUUUCAGACAUGUUAAAGCUUGAAGGAAUAGUUUUAUUAUUAGAUUAGAUGAGAUUAUUGAUACCACUGUCAUGUCUGCUAAAAAUAAGUCUAAAGCUAGCAGCCUGUUAGCUUAGCUUCCACAAAGACUGGAAACAGGGGAGUAACUUGGCUCUUUCCAAAAGUAACAAUAUCUGCCGUUCAUCUUACUUAAAGGUUCAGUGUGUAAGAUUUAGGUGAAGGGGAUCUAUUGG